UUACACACUGGCAGCAACCGCCCGUUGUGUAUUCGGGUAUACACUUUUUUUUUCUAACUGCAGCCACUGUAUUGAUUUUUCGCCCCCGCUUUUACAUUGAACUUUACGGCACAAGCAGGACAUAAACAUAAAAAUCAAUUGUCAAAAUGUCGGAGAGCGCCGCUUCAGCCAGCAAUGCCAAUGCAAAUGACAAGAUGGCAAGCUUGCUGAAGGAGGCGGAAAAUUUAAAAGCAAAGUUGGAAGAGGAGCGCCAAAAGCUGAACGACGUCAAUCUGUCGAACAUUGCGGAACGGCUGGAGCAGAUUGCAUUCGUGAAUAUAAAGCCCCGCAAGGUGCUAAAGGGUCACCAGGCCAAGGUGCUUUGCACCGACUGGAGUCCUGAUAAGCGACAUAUUAUCUCAUCAUCCCAGGAUGGACGCCUUAUCAUUUGGGAUGCGUUCACCACAAACAAAGAGCACGCUGUUACAAUGCCCACAACUUGGAUAAUGGCAUGUGCGUAUGCACCAUCUGGUAAUUAUGUUGCCUGCGGUGGACUGGACAAUAAAGUAACCGUAUAUCCGAUUACCUCGGAUGAGGAAAUGGCCGCUAAGAAGCGAACCGUUGGCACACAUACCAGCUACAUGUCAUGCUGCAUCUAUCCCAACUCUGAUCAGCAAAUACUCACCGGUAGCGGGGAUUCAACAUGCGCGCUGUGGGAUGUAGAAUCUGGGCAAUUGCUGCAAAGUUUUCAUGGUCACUCCGGCGACGUUAUGGCUAUCGAUUUGGCGCCAAAUGAGACGGGCAAUACCUUUGUCUCUGGUAGCUGCGAUCGCAUGGCGUUCAUUUGGGACAUGCGCUCCGGUCAUGUGGUGCAGUCCUUUGAGGGCCACCAAUCGGAUGUGAAUAGUGUUAAAUUCCAUCCAUGCGGCGAUGCCAUCGCAACUGGCUCCGACGACAGCAGCUGUCGGCUGUACGAUAUGCGCGCGGAUCGCGAGGUGGCCGUCUUUGCCAAGGAGAGCAUUAUUUUUGGCGUCAACUCGGUGGACUUUUCGGUCAGCGGGCGUCUGCUCUUUGCCGGCUACAAUGACUAUACUGUCAACCUGUGGGACACGCUGAAAUCGGAGCGCGUCUGCCUUCUGUAUGGCCAUGAGAAUAAGGUCUCCUGCGUUCAAGUCUCGCCCGAUGGCACUGCGCUAUCGACAGGCAGCUGGGACUACACUAUACGUGUGUGGGCCUAAAUUCUCGG